UCAUCCACUGCUGCUGCUGAUCACAGUAACCAUCCUACUGUUAAUCACAGUGGCUAUGGAUUCUCCAUCCCUCGUCCGACAAAUGCCCCUCGAGGUCUUCCUGGAGGUAUCAUCUUAUCUCUCCACUCCCGAUCUUGGUUCACUGCGCCUUACCUGCAAGUACGCUGAAGCGUCGCUCUUCGAGACGUUUGGCAGGGAAUUCUUCAGCAAGAGACAGUUUAUGCUUUCCGAGACAAGCCUACAGGUUUUGAUCGACAUAUCCAACCACCAGAGACUGUCACAGUUCCUCGGGCACGUUAUUAUCGGCCUGGAUAACUUCAAAGACUGCCACUUUCCGCCUAUUCGCAGCCAAACUGCACGCGCAAAUCGAUACGACGCCGGACUCGCCGAUGAGCAAGCGCUGUUGAGUACAGGACAAGACCGGGACAUGCUCUGCCAAGCCUUCCAGAAUCUGCCUAAUCUCCAAACAGUAGCGUUGAGGGACUAUAGCUCGGGAGGGCGCGUCCGCGAUAAUGGCCAAUGGCACAGUUACGGCGCUACUACUAUCUUCCAAGAAACAGGAAUUCGCUUGCUCGAUAGUCGUGGCUUGUACGCAACAAAAGAAGAUACUCGCUUUGCCAGUCGGACUCUCUCUUCGAUUCUGUACGCGCUGGGCCAAUCAGGCGCCAAGCCGGAAGCCUUCGAGGUUUUAUUGAGGAAAGCGGCCUUGGGGCUCCCUUAUGAUGCCUUCGAGAUACGCAAAUUCUUUGAACCUUCGGUCACACCUGUCUUAUCCAGCCUGAAGACGCUUCUCUUGACUAUUGACCCUACGUUGCCCGAGGCCGACAACGGGACCAACGAUGACCCAGGCGUGGAUCAUCCCGAUUUCCCCCUCAGGCGCUAUCUCUGCCACACCCCCAAUCUCACGCAUCUCCGCCUCAAUUUUCUGUCUGCGCUUCAUUCCGAACCCGAACGAUUCAUGGUCUGGCUAGGCCGUCCCGUGGUCCAAACCGCCCCCGUGAAUUCGUCCCCAGGAGCUCCGCUACCCAAGUCACCAGACGCAGUUGCAUUAUCCCAGCUCCGAAGGCUGGAUUUUGGAAUGCUUGCCAUAUCCCCGCGUGUUCUGCUUGCUAUCAUCCAUAAGUUCAAGCCAAGCCUGCGCUCGCUCAGUCUCUGGAAGGUAGACCUCAAGCCUGAGGAUCAGCACCGACGAGGUGGGAAGAGAGUCAGCGCGUGGCCCAAGUUAUUUGCAAAGCUCCCAGGCCUAGACUAUCUCUCUGUUGGCUGUAUCGGUGAAAUGGUUGAGACUCGACACCAGCGGAUGGGGUUCAAGCUUCCGGCUGGCCAAUCUGGGGAACCCGACGUUACAAGGGUGUGCUCUAUACACAGCGACAUGGUGCAUUUUGUGAAUAAUCUCAUGUCGGAUGUGGUUGUGACUUCGCCAGAUGCUGAUAGUCUUAGUGACGAUGAGUCCAUGUCAGAUUAUAGUGGUGAUAGUGACACUGAUAUGGAUGAUGACGAAUGAAAAACCAUAAAAUUUAGCUUUUAGUAGUAUAUUUUAAAGAAAACAUAUUGCACUACAGGCUGCACCCAUCAAGUAUAGAAUAUUUACCACUACCAACUGCCCUCCAUGUAUUCUUUCAUAUACUUGGAAACAUCCGUUGGAGGGCACAAUAAUCCACAAGGGAUUCUUUGCCUAAGGUCGCUAUUAUGCAUGAGCCCAUCCUCAGACUUUCAGGCGUGCACCUACUCCGCCAGUCACUACGAUUAAUACAAUUAUUAUGCAGUCUCUGAUAUUUAGGGGUCAGUUGCAUUGAAGAUAUUAGUACCAGGCUAGCUAGUAGACAGACUGAACAGAAGCAAAUAAAUAUCAGCACACUACACAAUCGUAAGUAUUAUGGCACGGGACAUGUUAUUUUAGAAUAAGUUUUCCCUUAACAUCUUGCGUGGCCUUAUUAAACGUAAUCUACCGACCGUGUUCAGUAAACAUAUUCAAAGUUUAGGUUCUGCUUAUCUGUCAUGUCAGUAAAGGCCGUAUCGUUAAUAGUGCUUUCCUCCAUCCCCCCGCUUGCCCUCAACUCUGUAACGCGUAAGCCCAAGGUCUCACAGGAGUCCAGGGAACCAGGUCAGGAGGCAGGAAAGGGGUAUCGUAUUCGUAAGGACAAUAGGUCUACGUAAGUACAUCGACUAU